CAACAGACCCGAACCGUGGUGCGUCCGGCACGGCAGUACCUUGAGAAACAGGGUUCUCAAACCCGAUAAGGUGUUGGUUACUUCCGACAUCAGUUCUCUGGCUACACCAACUCCAAUCCAAGCCCCUUCUAUCGAGGCAUGACAGCGAAGUGAUCAUACCAACUUUGCGAUUCCGCGACAACUCGUCAUAAUGGCUAUUGGUAGAGAAGGAAACGUCAAAUGGGUCGAUGGUCUUCGAGGCUUCGCAUCCACUCUAGUGGUUUUGACUCAUAUCGCUAGAGCUUUCGAUGGCGACCUUUUCCUCCCAGCUACUCAUAACGGCUCAGCACCGCGGCCUAUGCAACUACCUUUCCUACGAAUCCUAGUUCAGGGCCGUAUCGGUGUCACUAUCUUCGCUUUUGUUACUGGCUAUGUCUGUGCUCUUAAACCUAUCAAACUGUACCGACAGAACAACCAAGAUGCUGCCUUCACAUCUAUCGCCAAGUCCGCCCUCCGCCGUGUUCCUCGAUUGGUUAUACCCUGUGGUCUCGCAACUGUCAUCAUCUGGAUAAUGGCGAAUCUAGGAAUGUUUUUGGUCGCAAAGCAGAGUGAUUGUUGGUGGUGUGGUAAGACCGCACCCGAUCGCCAAGCGAACGUGUUCCUGUCGGUUAAACACUUGAUUGAGAACAUCAUUUCAACUUGGACAAGAGGUCGAAACGCGUACGAUGGCAAUCAAUGGACAUUGUUACCAUUGCUGAAGGGAAGCAUGCAAGUUUAUACUUUUAUUGUUGCCACGGCCUAUAUUCGACCUCAGUUCAGGAUGGUCCUGAGUUUGAUGAUGUAUGCGUAUUUCUGGAUGGCAGCCGACGCGGCUUUUGGGAUGCAGUUCUUCUGGGGUGUAUUCCUCUGUGACUUGCAAAACCAUCCUCCUGCCACCGAAUGGCUUGCUCGUCGACCGAAAGUCUCGCAAGUUUUGGCUGCGAUCUUCUUGUUUCUAGGUCUCUACGUUGCCUCGUAUCCUGAAGGACACCCAGAAUGGGUAGCCUGGUCACGCUACCAAUUCGAAGUUUUGAAGCGCAUCCUUCCCAAGGACCCCGAUUUCCCUCGAUUCGCUUCCGGAAUUGGCUUAGAAUUGAUUACUUUGGGUUUACAUUUCAGCCCAGCUCUACGUGAUAUCAUGUCAAGCAAAUAUUUGCUCUGGUUUGGCAAGCAGUCUUUUGCCGUUUAUCUUUUACACGGUCCUCUCCUUCGCAGUGUUCUUUGCUGGAUGGUUUAUGGAAUCCACGUGCCCCCACCCAUCACCAACGACAAGGGUGAAACGAUUCACGGCACGCUCAUGUUCCCCAGCGGGUGGCGUCUCAUAAUCGCCCUACCAUUUUGGAUCCCUCUAAACUACGGUGCCGCGAUGCUUUGGACAGGCUAUGUCGACCCUUGGUGUGCGACUCUGACCGAGAAGAUUGUGGGCAAAGUUAUGUUGGCACGCGAUGAGAAGGGUGUUCUCUUACCGCAAUAGAUACGUGGUAUUGAUCGCCCCGAGAAACGUAAUUAUUGCGACAGCUCUAGACGGCCAAGACCAUCAAUGGGAUGCCGGGGAGGCAAUGCUAUGAGCAAUGCUAUGAGCAAUGCCAUUCAAUAAUCCCCGGUUCGCAAACCGACAUUUACGUUGGAGGGAGCGCAUUCGCCAGUACCGACAAUGUUCAAUACUUUCACCAAAUCCUUAUUAAGAACUCUUCCGUGU